GCUUUCUGGCUCAGCUAGGGCGGCCAAACGUGAUCCUGAGGUAGCUGGAGACGUGAAGCAGCUCUUGGAGAAAGGGUUUGAUUGGUCUGCUCCCGUGCCAAAAUGGCGGCGUUUCGCACGGAUCAGAAACUGAGCAUGUCUCUGGAUGAGGUGAUUGCGGAGGGUCGUUCUGGAGGGGGGGGAGCGGUGAGGAGGGCAACCCGGGGAGGGUAUCGGAGUGCUCCCUACAGGGUGGGAGGGAGGUUUGGCAGCAGCCCGGGGUUGUGCCUAAACUGUCACAAGCCAGGCCAUCUUGCUCGUGAUUGCACUUCAGAGGCAGUGUGCAACAAGUGUGGUUCACCUGGGCACUUGGCAGCUGAUUGUGUCAGCGACCCUCUGUGCCACAACUGCAAGCAGUCUGGUCAUCAGGCCCGAGAGUGCCCCAAUGCAGCCGUGUGCAACACCUGCGGCCAGCCUGGGCACUUCUCCAGGGAGUGCCCGAGCAUGGGAGCAGGCAUGGGUGGCAUGGUGUCUCGCUCACAGCUCUGCAACAAUUGCUUCAAGCCAGGACACAUUGCGGCUGAGUGCGGCAACCCGCAAGCGUGCGCCAACUGUCACAAGCCGGGCCACAUUGCGAGGGAGUGCACGUUUGACCCUGUCUGCAACACCUGCGGCAAAGUAGGCCACUUGUCGCGCGAGUGCGCCAUCCCCGCUCCUGGACGCGCUCCUCUGGGAGGUGGUGGCCCAGCACGCUCGAUGCUCUGCAACAACUGCUUCCAGCCAGGGCACAUUGCGGUGGAGUGCUCCUUCAGCCAGGCUUGUGCCAACUGCCACAAGCCAGGGCACAUCGCUCGCGAGUGCACCGACGCCCCUGUCUGCAACACCUGCGGCACAAUUGGGCAUAUCUCGCGGGACUGUGCCCGUUUCACCAGCUCUGUGCGCAGUUUCCGUGGGCCGGCCAGCUUUGCGGAGGUCUGCUAUAAUUGCAAGAAGGCAGGCCACCUUGCGAGGGACUGCACUGCGGCGACCAUCUGCAACAAUUGCGGUGGCAGGGGGCAUCUUGCCCUGGAGUGCCCUUCAGACCCCCAAGUGCGUGCUCGCCGGUAGUGUUGUUUUGCGAUGAGGGCAGCUUUGGCCUAGAUACAAAGACCGAGUCAGCACUUUAUGCAAUUUUACCAACUUCAGCUCAGCUUAGGUUCAAUGUUUUUCAGAUUACCAACUUAAGUCUGCCCAGCUUCUACCCAGAAACAAUUGGAUUUUGGCAGCUGCAUUGCUCACUUAGCGUUGAAGCCUUAACUUGAUUGGAUGACAGGCUGCUGCCUUCGUAAACAUCAGUGAUUCAUA